AUGAAACCUGGUGCAGCAAUCCAAAGCGCAUCGCGUCCAAAGAUCAGCAAUCCAUGGAACAAACCCAAACGCUGUCAUCAAAGCCAAAACAGUGUCUUGCAACUCACAAGCGCAUCGGAGCUACAACACCAAUGCCCAACUCUUGCCAACAUUUCCAUGUUGCCAAAAAAAGUUGCAUACGCGAAUCCGCGUUAUCAGUCAUCUCUGGAUACAAUACAGAAUAAAUAUGACAGCAUCAACUUCUACAUUUACAAACAGCCCUACGGCCAACCCUGCCGCAACUCCCACGACGACGAUCACUCC